AGCUCACAAAAGAAGUUCCAGGAUAUGGCUAUAACAACAAACUCAUCUUGGCAAUAUCUGUAACUGUAGUAGUGACGAUUUUGGUUACAAUUAUCUGUCUCAUUGAGGGGCUUUUUUCGAUUUCUGCUGCGUAAGAGAAGCUCAGGGGAAAGUGAGAGUCAGGAGGGCUCUUUCGGGAGAACGCGGCCACUUUGACAUAGGGAUACGUAUAGGCCUCUCAACACCACACGCAAGGAAAGUAUGGCACAAAAGCUACACGACGGGGAGUCUUCUGAGGAGGAUGAGAUAUUUCUCCAUCCCAGCAGAAGGCCCAGACUCAUCAUCCAGAGCUCACUGAAGAGGUAGAACCACCUCCACUUCAGCAGGAGGCUCCACCUCAGCCUUCAGAGGUCCCUGAGGAACUAGAAACUCCAAGUCCUCAAGAGGCCCUCGCCCGGCCUUUGGAGACACUUAAGGAGCUUGUAGUUCGACCAGUAGCACAUCAUGGGGUAAAUGAAGCUCAGCAGUCAAACUUGUACAAUUUCACUAUUACACCUAUGGAUCUGGCACUUACCAUAACUCCACAGGUCACUAAAUAGGUUGAUCCUUCUCCAGUCCAGCAGGAGACCCUGUCUCAGCCUCCAGAGAGCCCUCAGGAGGUGAACCUUCUCUACUCUAUCAAGACGCCCCAACUCAGGCUCCAGGUCUCCCUACUGAGUAUGUACAUGAAAUUCCAGUGAAUGAAGAGGUAGCAUCUCUACCUGGCGUUCAGCGUCAUGCUCAUUCCAACUUGCCCAGUGUUACACUUCAACCUCUGGAUUUGGAACUUAACCAUCACUCCAGAGCCCACUACGGAAGCUGAAUUUCCUACAGCUCAGCAGGAGGCCCUGACUCCUCCACCUCUUGAGCAUCCUGAGGGUACAGAAUCUUCUCCAACCCAACAAGAGACCUCAGCUAUGCCUCCAGAGCCUCCUGGAGAGGUUGAGCCUUCAAGGGAGCAGGAGCAACCAGCUCAGCCUUCUGAGCCUCCUGGGGAAGUUGAACCUUCUCCAACCCAGCAGGAGCCCACAGGUCAGCCCCCAGGGCCUCUUGUGGACGCUGAGCCUUCUCCAAGUGAACAGGAUCAACCGACUCAGCCUUCCGAGCCUACAGAGCCUCCUGAGGAGGUGAAAACAGCAACCCAGCAGGACAUUCCAGCUCAGCUUUCAGAGUCUUUUGGAGAACCUGAAACCUCUGCAACCAAGGAGGAAGCCUCAGCUCAGUAUCCAGAGACCCCUAAUGAGGCAGAAUCUUCUGCAACCCAGCAGGAGAUCCCAGCUCUGUCUCCAGCGGAGAUAGAAACUUCUGCAACCCUGCAGGAGCAACCAGCUCAGCCUCCAGAGCCUUCUUCAGGGGAGGUGGAACCUUCUCCGACUCAACAGGAACAGCCAGCUCAACCUCCAGAGCAUCAUGAAAUGACAGUUUCACCUCCAAGUCACCCUCAUGCUCAGCAUUCAGACUUAUCCGGUGUCACUGUCAAACAUGCAGAUGUGGAGCUUACCAUAACGAAAGAACCCACUCCAGAGGUGGGACCUUCUCCAAAUCAGCGCAAGCCUUCAGCUCAGCCUCAGUGCCCCUUACUAAUGCAGAAUUUUCUACAAUGCAACAUGAGGCCCCCACACUGCCUUCACAGCACCUGAGGAGGUUGAACUUUUGCCAGUUCAGCAGGAGGCUCCAGCCGAACUCUAGAAGACAGUACACGUAAUAAACCUUCAGUACAAGAGGAGACCCCAGCUCAGUAUCUGGAGCAUCGUGGAGAAGAGGUUAUACCUGCCACAAGCCAGCAGUAGAG